AUACUAAUUGUUCUCUAUCGUAUUUGGUUUUCUUUCUUUAACCUCAAGCGACUUGAAUAUUUAUCCAAUCUUCAUCUCAAUCAAACUAUGAGUAUCGUAAUUAAGAUAUGUGAAGAUUGGAUGGGUGGAGUCUUUCAGAAAAUAUAAAUUCAAAAUAGUAAUCGAUACUUUUCCACAAAAUAAAUAUUCCUGUAUAACAUUGCGGAUUUACUUCCUAAAAUAUACAGAGAGUUGAACAGCUUAUGCCCAGGGAUGCUUCGAGGUGUGAUUCGAUCUAUUCAAUUUCUAUAUAUAUAUCAAAUAGCAUCUCCCUUCUAAUUUUCGUUUUAUUCUUCGAUAUACUAUCAACCUCAUACAUCAAUAUUUUAAAAUGACUACCAACUCUGGCAUACGUUGGCCAAAACAAAUCAAAGGUCUAUUAGAUUAUAUCUAUAUCGAUUUAGGCACCGGAGAUCUUCGCAUGGCCUAUAGUAUCGAAGGCGGCGAAGAUUGCAGAGAAAUCGGAAACUAUCCUGGAGCGCAAGCAGGUACCCCAUCUCUUGUUUCUCAAGCGCCAACAAACAUUAUAUACGAACCCAAUGGCGAUGAACCAGCCAAACCCGUGGCAUUUGGUUACACUAAACCACGCCGUCGUCAAAAACUUGUAUCUGGAGUGAAGAUUGCCCUUCUACCAGAUCCCGAAAGCUAUGGUUAUGCCUAUGCUGCUCUGGUUGAUGCAGCGGAUGAUCUCCACCUGAGAUCUGUGCAGCAGAUCCUAGAAGACUUCUUGAGGUUCGCCAUCGAGCAUGCGAUCAAGGAAUGCGGUGGGCAGCAGCCUACAAAAGGCUGGGUAUUUUCAGUGCCUCAGUAUUACAAGAUUGAGGAAGUGCAGAACUUUCGAGCAUUGAUUCAAAGAGCAGGUUGUCUUGGCAAUAUACAUAUCCAUGGUGAAAGCGAUUGUGUUGCUUAUGCAAAUCUGUCAACAAUCGAGGAUAUCAUCAGCGAUGCUAAAGAGAGUGUCUUUAAGAAAAAGCAGAACUAUACCAUCGCAGUUGGGAUAUUUGAUCUUGGAGCUGGUACAACUGUGAGUGAUCUGGUUCAAAUAGAAGUGGAUUGACUAACCUAUGAUAAAUAGGAUAUAACCACCUCCGAAAUCUGCUUCAAACAUGAUGGAGGACCACCUGCGAUCAACGAAUUGAGUGCCCCUUUAGGUAUAGUAUAUAACCAAAACCAUAUAUCUAAUGCUGAUAAUGAUACUAUAGGCUUUGCGAUUGGAGGGGAUUCAUUUGAUGGACGAUUCAUUGAUCUCUUGCGUGCCAAACUCGACAUCAAUAUGACUCCAGAUAAGGAGCAUGCCUUCUUUAACGCGUUUGUGAAUCAUUUCCAUCUACAAUCAAAGCCACAAUGGACAACAGAUUUUGAGGAUGAAGAAUAUCCAUUCAGUGUACCGUAUGGCAAAGAUCAAUUUGUAUUAACAGAGUGAGUUUAUCGUCAGCCUUCUCUAAUGUGAUCUUCAGCUGCUAACUCAAUAACAAGGGAGGAUAUGACUUAUAUUAUGGAACCACCAAUUGAUGAAAUUUGCCGACGCGUCGGCGAGCAUCUUGCUCAAAUAAUUAGACCUUUGGACCUUGUUGUAAUCUCGGGAGGGAAUUCCGAGGUGCCUGGUAUGGUAAAUAAGUUGUGCGCUAUGCUUAAAGGAAAGAAUAUCAUUAACGAUGAUGAAAAAGUAAUUCAUUUGGUAGGACAGUCAUUGUAAGUACCAAUUCAACGCGAGGGGAAUUUCGGAUUGAAAGAAGCUAAUCUAGAAACACUUGUAGGAACGCGGUAGUUCACGGUCUGCAUUACUGGAUCAAUCAUCCCCAACUAGUCAGAGGUCGAUAUGCUUGUAUGACUCUGGCUCGAGUGGUCAAACGUCAUCGCAAAGAGCUUGCAGAGCGAAUUAAGGUGCCUGCUGAGGAUGCAAAAUUACCCAAAUUCUAUGAUUGUGCCGAAAGGAUCAUGACUGAGGUAAUCAUAUCUAUGGAAGAUUGAGUACGAUUAUUGACUAAUGACUUUCUAGGGAAUCCUUGUUCCAGAUGGCAUUCAGACUGUUGAUAUCUACUUUGAUAUUGAUAUAAAUGCCAAAAAUUUGAACCUACUUCCUAUCGAUAUAUGCAUUCCAAACAGAGAUGCCGAAACUUACACUUCUAAAACCGGUCUCUGGAAUUUUGCAUCCGAAUGUAGGACUAUAGGUGCUCUUCAUCUAAAAUCAACAAUAACGAAUAUCGAUAUUGGUGCACUUAGAAAAGUUGCUACAAAGGGUUUGCGUCGACUCUGGCUUCGUUUAAGUAUCGAAGUUGAUAUUGAUAUCAACGUUGUAGUAUCCUGGAGACCCGACGGACGUAAGCUUAAAGAAGACACGGAAUUCUGUUCAACCAAAUUAACUUUGGAAAGUGUGAAUCUAUCUGGUCAAAGAUUAGUGAAUGAGUUUCGUGCUCCAAUACAGCAACGAGAGAGCCCUAAUUCAAACAUUACCAACGAUACCUUGCCGAGUUAUCUCCAGAUGUUAAAGGCUGUUGGUGGAAUGAAGACUCAUUCGAACAAUUUAUUUUCAACAAGCAUUCCUCCUCAUUAGGUAAGUGAGUUUUUAUAUGAGGGUUUCAAUAGAAAUUAUUAACAUUGGUAGAUUCCUAUCAUUCUGAACAUUGUGUACACUUUGCUGCUUGGUGUUACGUCGGACUCCACAAGCCCAAUAUCACGAGAUCUGAUCACGUGACGGACCCUACAUAAUAUGCACGAAAAGUAAAGGUCCAAUAUAUCCCUAGGUCCAGGAGCUUUCGGGGUCCUGAAGGUCUAUAUAAUCAGGAUGAAUCUCUUAUUGUAGAGCUUC